AUGGGAUCGAACUACAAGUCGCGUCUCGUAUUGACUAUGUCGGCGGCAGUGCAGCUGUGUGAACAAUUGGGUGAAAUGAUCAAAUUUAGUGAGACACUGCCAGAAGGUGCCGAAGCUACUGCUGAGAACGGUGCUCUCAAAUCGGAAGUGUUGGCUUUCGACUCAAGGCGUUACUAUCUGGACCUGAAAGAGAACCAACGCGGGCGCUUCCUUCGCAUUGCACAGACCGUGGCCAAUCCGCGUAUGAGCCGCGCGCAGAUCGCUAUUCCAGCGCAGGGAAUGAUAGAGAUGCGUGACACUCUUCACGAGAUGCUGGAGAAGUACUCGGAGGGAUUCCUAAAUGACGGAAAUAGCACUGUGAAGCAGCCGGCUGGUUAUCGUACCUCGAUAACUAUUCCUCAAUCUGCUCUAGACAAAUUCCGCCAUCUGCUCGAUGAUGUAAUUGAAGAUCUAGCAGCACCCGCAGCAAAGGCGCAGGAUUUGAAGAAAACAGCUCAUCUUGGGCUUGCUGGUUUACCAUCAUCGCUGAAGAAAGUGGUCGGAGGGGUAAUUGAAGUGUGUGCGUGCGUGAAGAAGAAGAAGAAUAGAAGCGAUGUCGGACGGAAGUGUUGA